AUGAUUGUUGGGUUAUUCCACUCAGCAACGCCGCCUGGCACUGCUCAUGAUUGUUUCAACCCAACAUCUGCUCAUGAUUGUUUCAACCCGACAUCUGCUCAUGCUAUUUGGGAUGCGCAGACCCCAGGGGCGUGGCUCUCCCUGGACGGACAGGGCUUACGUGGCCCUUGCGAUGCAAUUCCUUAUCCAUUAGUUUACCUUGAAUAUGAAGGGAUUUCAUCGUCCAGGGAGAUUCUGUCCAAGAUAUCUACCCAUGUAUACAGGAUUAGGAACCCUACUCUUGAAGGCAAAUUGAAAAAUGAAGCAGAUUCAACUGAGUUGGUUGAUCAGCUUAGCCCCGAAUAUAAUCUACAAUGGUGUCUGUCUGUUGACUGUGCUGAGUGUCACAACAAAGGAGGCCAGUGUACAACUACCCGAAAGAAUGAAUUUAUAUGUGAAAAAGUUAUACAUGGAUGUAUAGUCAUACUUUGCAUGUUAGGCCUUUUCAUUUGGUGCCAUAAAAGAAGAAUCAAUGAUGCAUACUUACUUUCGAGGAACAUAUACUUCGAUCCCUCCUCAAAAUCAAACAUUGAAGCCGGGAGUUUCUACUUUGGUAUCCCCAUCUUCUCCUACACAGAACUUGAAGUUGCUACCAAUAAUUUUGAUUCUUCUAGAGAACUUGGAGACGGAGGUUUUGGAACUGUCUACUAUGGAAAACUCCAAGAUGGACGAGAAGUAGCAGUAAAGUGCCUCUAUGAGCAUAAUUACAAACGAGUAGAGCAGUUUAUGAAUGAAAUCAAGAUCCUUACUUGUUUGAGGCACCAGAAUCUUGUUUCUUUCUAUUGCUGUACAUCAGGCGCAGCCGAGAACUCCUACUUGUUUACGAAGACUGCUACUACAUUGGCAUACAUGCAUGCAUCUGAUAUAAUACACCGUGAUGUGAAGACUAAUAACAUACUACUUGACAACAAUUUUUGUGUCAAUGUUGUAGAUUUCGGGCUUUCAAGACUCUUCCCUAAUGAUGAACUAAGGCCUUCUAUGGAGGAAGUGUUAGAAUUUCUUAAGGAACUAAGGGGUGAUGAGGAGUUCGAAAUUGAGAAGAAAAUGGAAACUAAUGAUAAUUACUCUGUUCCAAGAAGUGUAAAGAUCCCACCUUUACCUGAAACAGAUGAUGUUGUAUUGUUGAAGAGCAUGUACUUACAAUCCUCACCAAAUGAUGUGACUGAUAUGUGGAUUAGCAACUCUUCAACGACUAGUUCCAGUGUGUGUGAUCUUUAUUUUCCUCUUCAUUUUUACAGAAGAUGA